UUGAAAAUAAAAUAUUAGUGUUAAAAAAAAUAAAUAAAAGAAAACAUAACUAGCAAAAAAAUUUUUAAAAUAAAUUUAUAUUUCAAAUAAAUAAAUUUAAAAUUUAAACAAUUCAUUAUAAACUCAGUGUAUAUCAAUUAUAUUUAAAAAAUAUAUACUUAAAAAAAUAAAAAAAAGAAAAAAUUGCAUAAAAUUUAUGUUGUAAAUUUGUGGUAUUUUUUGGAUUUUUAAUUAAAAUGCAAUCCUUCCGUUUCAUUAUUGCAAUUGCCUGCCUGCUGGCCCUGGUGCUGGACUGCAAUACAGCAAAUGCGAUUCUCAGAUGUUGGCGUUGUUCCACCGAUGUUUCGAAUGGGGAAUUCUGUAACGAUCCCUUUCAACCCGAAUUCAUAACCGACCAGCAACGUUAUUGGAGUUAUGUAAACUGUACUUAUUCAGUGGGUGUCAAAUCAGUCAAUGCACGUCCGGUUUGCAAAAAACUAGUGCAAGAAGUUUAUGGCAAACGUGUCACUUCGCGUUCCUGUUUUUAUGAGGAUAUGGAUGAUGCACCAGACAAAUGCGCUCGUGAGAAUACUUCGUCCUACAUUAAAACCAUCUUUUGUCAAACGUGUAAUACCGAUGGAUGCAAUGGUGCCGCAGCUUAUACUCCUUUCACAGCAUUGAUCAUUUUAUCUAUUAUUGCGUUUAAAGUUCUUAAUUAAAAUUAAGGCAUUCGUCUCGAUUUUUAUAGAAAAAUCAACUUCAAGCUUUUUAAUAUUUAUUGAAUCAAAUUUGGUUUUAAAAAUGAAAGAUAUAUAUAUAGUAU